UGGUAUGGAAUCCAUGGACAAGAAGGCCAAGUCCAUGGCAGAUUUUGGGGAUGACGAAUACAAGCAUAUGUUGUGUGUGAGGCUGCAGCUAUUGAGAAGCCCAUCACUUUGAAGCCUGGUGAGGAAUGGAAAGGGAGGCUGGAGAUGUCUGCCGUUCCUCCAGUUACUGUAGCGGGCAACUGGAUCCUCAAAGGGUUCUUCAAGGUUGAAGCAUCUAGCUGUCUGGUAUCCUGUACAGGCACACUUGUUGCAUUUAAAUUAUGGGUGCUUGGCAGCAAGCUACCAGGAGUUCUUUUCUUCCUUUUCUUAUUCUCCUGUUCCUUUUAAGCUUAAUGGUGGAUUCAAAGCAGACUUUUCUAUGGAAUAAUAGUGCUUUAUGUUGAGAUUUCAUUCAUAUCUCAUGCAGAAAAAAAUGUCAACCUGAACCAGUGUGUAGAAAAUGAUAAAAGGUGCUACCUGUUUGUUGUUUUUGUAUCAUAUCAUGUCAUAAAUUGAUAGUUACCUGAGGCAUGUAUACUGUCUACUGAGCCUUUCUGGAUGCAUUUACUAUUGCAUUUUAUGCCUUCUGCUGUAAACUGUCUGGUCGGGUUAUGAAAUUCAUAUUACAAAAGCUCCAGUAUUUGAUCCAUUGAAUUUCUUAUAGCAAUAUUUUGCUGUUGAUCAGCGAGGCCUGUGAAAGCCAAAAUGGCCAUGUUGAGGCUUUAGAGCAUAAGCUGUUUUUUUGUUUGGAAAGAAAUGACUUGGAUAAUCAGCUCAAGCUUUUUUAUUUGUUCUCUAGCAAUUUGCUAUUCCUGUUGUGAUUGUAACUAGCUAGUGCGUUUAAGCACUUGGAAUCUUCCUGUAAUUGCUUGUUUCAAACAGUGAUCUGCCACUUCAGCUCUGUAUCUUGUCUGCCUCAGAGUUUUGUCAGGAAGAGGUACGCUAGUGCACAAUAAAUUUCUUCAGUUGAAAAAUCUGACGUCUAAGUCUUAACAAAGGAACCGAAUGUCUAUCCCAUAGAAGUCUUUUCGCUGCUUGUAUUUUGUAGUCCCAUAUUGCUAUGACUCUGGAACUGAGAUGUGCCAUCGAGUUGCACCUUUGCCAGAGCCAAUCAUGGCCUUGGUAGAAUCAUUAUAUCCAUGUCAAUGUUGUAUCUUUAUCGGGGCGCAUGGCCUACAUUCUCAUGGCCUUGGAAUUUGCUGACUUGAGCACCAUUGGGAGUCUAGACGAAAAUGACAGAUGAUUGUAGGUCAACGUCACCACAAUUUUAACUUUCAUUUCAUGUUGGAUACCCUGCUCUAUUGAAGAAAUUAAGAACAAAUAUUAGAUUGCUCCUAGGUAGUCUAAGGUGUCACAGUUCCUUUUCUUGUACCGGGUUUUUUUUUUUUUUUUUCAAACACUGCAGUACGAACAGUCACAUGCGAGGAAUGUUGGGCACGCACAACCAGAACGCCGCCGCACUUACGAUGGUGGCUCCUCCGAUGAGACCGAAGCCACCCACGUUGACUUUUGACCUUUGGAGCUCUUCAACUUCCCUCCCUCGCCUCCCUCACUUUGGUGGUGGGCUCCAAGCCAAACAUCCCACUGUUUUGAUCGCACCCACAAAAUUUGCCCUCCAUUUCCAGCACCAGAAGCGCAGCACCAUCCCACUCGGCCUCGGUAGCCGUAUAAAAACCCCCAAUCCCACGCGCCCAAUUGCACCAUAAGCGAAAACCCGCUUUGGUCCAAGGACCCCAAAGUAACAAAAAUUCCCGGAGAGAGAGGAAAAAAAAAAGAAAAAACGAAGAACCGUGAGAGCGAGAGGCGAGUCGAAGAGAGAGAAAGGGGGGAAACGAAAAGCGAGAGAACAAGCGAGCACGCGAGUUCUUCCGCUCUCCAGCGAUCAAUCCAGUUCAACGGGCCCCGACCGAGCGAAGGAAAGAGAGAGGAGAGAGAAAGCAAAGAGCGAGCGAAGCAAGAGAAAAGAGCAGCAGAAAGAGAGAGAGAGAGAGAGAAUUGGAGCUGCGUCCACCGGCGAUGCUCUUCUAAUCGAAGCGUCCCGCACUACUCCGAGCGAGCUCGAAGAGGUCAGCUCAAUCUGUUCUUGUCUUCAUUCGUCCUUGUCGAUAGAUUGGGAUUCGCCCUCUUCUUCUUUUCUUUGCCUCUCUUUCGCUUUGAUUCUUUCAAUCCGCUUGCCGACUGCGAUUCCAUCGAGAUCCGGCUCGCUGAAGUGGCUUCUUAGAUCGCCGCCGCUUCUAUCCCGCGAUUCCGGAGCAAAAUGAGAGCUUUUUGGAGCUCCAGGCAGCCGAAUGGGGCUCAAUUCUAGUCGCCUCGCAUUGUUCUAGGGUUUUCGAUAUCCCUCUUUGAGAAUUCGGAUUUCAAGCUGGCGUCUUUGGAGGGAUUCGAGCGCUGAAUCUCCGUUCUUGGCGUCGGUUCCUGAUCCUGUCUCGCUUUAGGGUUUUGGUCGGGAAAGAUGAGAUCUUGGUCUGCAUUGCUCUGGCGGAGGAGUUGGGAAUUGGGUAUUUCUCUCGCUUUCUCCAAGAAAAGGUGCAAACCCUAAUCUUGGUCGAAACCCGGGAAGCACGGAAGGGGCAGCGGUAGAGGUUCAAUUCGAUUGAUCUGGUGAAUAAUUGCAUGGCCACUGUUUAUUGAGAGAUGCCGCCGCCUCCACAGCCACCGCCACCACCAACUCAGCACUCUCGGACCAACCUCGGCGACCUGAAGUCCCAGAUAGCGAAGAGGCUUGGGCCAGAACGAGCUCAGAGAUACUUCGGCUACCUGAAUGGGUUGUUAUCUCAGAAGCUGAGCAAGCCUGAAUUCAAUAAGCUCUGUCUUUUAACGCUUGGGCGCGAGAACCUCCCCUUGCACAACCAGCUCAUCCGCUCCAUCCUUAUAAAUGCUUGUCAGGCCAAGAUUCCUCCCCCAGUUGUCCAUGACAAGGGUGCGUCAAAGCCUGUCGGAGCUGUGGCAAAGAAACCUCCUCAAAUAGGCGAUAGUUUCAAUUCAUCCCCGGCCCCGAUUCCACCAGCAUCCAUUUGGUCCAAUGGAGAUAUCUUCCCUCCGUCCCCUCGCAAGUUCAGGUCUGUCAUUCGGGACCGGAAGAUCAAAGACCGCCGGAGCCCCCUUGGACCAAAUGGGAGGGCAGAAGUUGCUGCUCUUCAGCCUUCAGUACCCCCUGAUGUGGUUACCAUGCGGGAGAAUGGUGAUUUGAAUUCAUGUGAUUUGAAGAGACCAUUGCAGCAUCAACAAGGUGGGCCUGCUGAGCAGCCAGCAAAGAGAGCACGGACAGAGAAGCCAUCACUGCUUGAAAGGGAUCCUGUCCAUAGCAAGGGCCUUGCUGAAGUGGUUGUUGUGGAAGAUUGGGAGGACUUGGAGCAUAUGGAUGAUCUGAACUCUGCUAGAGGUCCUCUUCGGGCUCCGCUUGGAAUUCCCUUCUGUCCUGCAAGUGUCGGUGGAGCUCGAAGAUCUCCGCUGCUGGCAGCUAGUGUGAGCAGCAGUGGCUUUAGUAGCAGCUAUGAUUGUGGUGAAGUCUGCCAUACUGAAGUAUUGAAGAAACGAAUGGAGAAAAUAGCGGAAGCACAAGGGUUGGAAGAGGUGACGAUGGACUGUGCCAAUUUAUUGAAUCAUGGGUUGGAUGCUUAUUUGAAGCGGCUGAUUAAGUCGUGUGCUGAGAUAGUAGGGGCAAGGAAGGUGCAUGAACCAAUAAAGCAGCUGGCUUAUAAGCAGCAGCCUCAUGGGAAGCCAAUCAAUGGUGUUUGGCUGGGAAAUCACAUGCAAGUAAAAAGUAGUGGUGAGCCUUUGGACAGCACACAUGAGCUGAAGAACCAUUGCCCUAUAUCUCUGCAGGAUUUUAAGGUAGCAAUGGAGCUAAAUCCGCAGCAAGUAGGGGAGGACUGGCCCUUGCUACUUGAGAAACUAUGCCUCCAUUCAUUUGAAGAAUAAGUACAAAUCCAGAUCAAGCUUUCUGGUUUGAAGCAAAUUGUGGCUGGAUGGGUUCUGAUACCCAUCUGCCGGCCUGUUUGGGCUGUUGCGGAAAGAAUCACACUCCACAGCUUAAAAAGGUGCAGCUUGGCUGGUUUCUUUGGGGAUCUGAGCAGAGGAAUUCUGUAAGAUCUCACUGUGGGGUCAAUGCUCAAACAAGAACACAUUUUUAAGAUCAAUCGCUCAAAGGAAAGAUAUUAUCCCCUGUGUGGUCCAUUUGUUGUAUGCUUAGAAUCCAUUGGGGGGCAUCUCUACCACAUCCAGAGAUAUGGAGCUUUCAUGUAAUUUACAGCAUGGAGUGACUCCAAAGACAGUUUUGCAGGAAUACUGUUCUGUAACUUAUACCAUCUUGUUCUGUAAGUUUUGCAGUCGCGGUGUAUGUAUUAUCAAUUGCGAAAAUUGCUUGGUUGGUUCAAUACCAUUUCAUGGAUCGUUUCUGAUUUUUUUCAAUUUGAAUCUCUUUCUCAUUUGACAGUCA